AUGGCCGACAUUGGUCUUUCAGACCAUUACCAGGUGCUCGAAGAGCUUGGACGCGGGAGUUUUGGUGUCGUCUACAAGGGAGUCGAGAAGGCUACUGGCGAGACUGUCGCCAUCAAGCAUAUUGACCUCGAAUCCAACGACGACGACAUCCAGGACAUUCAGGCCGAGAUCGCCGUCCUCAGCACUUGCGCCAGCCCCUACGUCACCCAGUACAAGGCAUCCUUCCUCCGGGGUCACAAGCUAUGGAUAGUCAUGGAGUAUCUCGGAGGAGGCUCCUGCCUGGACCUGCUGAAACCGGCCAACUUUAGCGAGGCCCACAUCGCCAUCAUCUGCCGCGAACUCCUCCUCGGCAUCCAGUACCUCCACAGCGAGGGCAAGAUCCACCGCGAUGUCAAGGCCGCCAACGUUCUCCUGUCCGAGGCCGGCAAGGUCAAGCUGGCCGACUUCGGCGUCGCCGCCCAGCUGACCAACAUCAAGUCGCAGCGCAACACCUUUGUCGGCACCCCGUUCUGGAUGGCCCCCGAGGUCAUCCAGCAAGACGGCUACAGCUUCAAGGCCGACAUCUGGUCCCUCGGCAUCACCGCCAUGGAGCUCGCCAACGGAGAGCCGCCACUGGCCCACAUCCACCCGAUGAAGGUGCUCUUCCACAUCCCCAAGAACCCGCCGCCCGCCCUCGACGCCAACUUCAGCCGCGACUUCCGCGACUUCGUGGCCCAGUGCCUGACAAAGGAAUACGACCAACGGCCCACGGCCAAGGACCUCCUCCGACACCGCUUCAUCCGCUCCGCCGGCAAGGUCGAGGCCCUGCAGGAGCUCAUGUCCCGGAAGCGGAUGUGGGACGCCAACCAGAACCGCCAGAAGCACCCCAUCUACUACCAGGAAACGCUGCAGACGCUCAGCCUGCCAAAGGACGACGACGACGAGUGGAUCUUUGACACGGUCAAGUCGACCGCCCCUCCCCCGCCCCCGCUCCCACUCCAGCAGCAGCAGCAGCAGCAGCCGCAGCCCAAGCGGCCCGUGGUCAAGCAGCGCAAGCCCUCAUCCGCCCUGUCCGUCGACGAGUCGAUGCACAAGCUCGACCUCAAGGAUGCGCCUCUGGGUGCCUCAUCACCGGCGGGUGCGGCAGGCACGGUCCGCAGGACCACCGUGCGCCGCACGCCGUCCCUGGCGCAGGUGUCGGCCAUGCACUCUGCCGGCGGCGGAUCGGUCCGCGGCGCCAACUCGGUCCGCAACCGGUCCGUCCGGAACGACUCGUCGCCCCGUCCGUCCGUCGCGCCGCCCAAGAAGCCCCUCCAGCCGGACAUGUCGUUUGGCAACUCGGGAUCGACGAUGCGCCUGUUCCGCCGCGUUCCCUCGGACGGCUCGACGUCCGGGCAGACGGGCCGGCCCACGUCUCCGGACGAUGUGUUCUGCGACGAGAACGCGCCGCCGACGGCGUCGUCGAGCUCUCCCAUCACCCCCGUCGAGCCCUACGGCAAGGAAGCCAUCCUCGGCCGCAGGCUGUACAGCAGGGCCAUCGAGCCUUCCCUGACGGAGCUGCACGCCCAGACGUCGGCCAUGCACAAGCGCGACGCCCUGGCCAAGCUGACGGACGCCUUCGCCGCGCUCGACAUGGUCGACCCGGAAGGUGCGUACCACCUCAUGAGCAACGUGGUCGCAUCCAUGACCCAGGACAAGAAGCUCAACUCGGCCCUGCUCAGCAACAACCCGGCCAUGGCCGGCUUCCACUCCGCCGUCUCGUCCACCCCGGCCGGCAAGAUGCUCCCCGACGACGGCACACCCCAGGGAACGGUCAUUGUCAAGAGCGCCACUCCCAACAGCAAUAGCCACGCCAGCCACGCCAGCCACGUCAGCGUCAGCAGCGUCGCCACGAGCAACGGCAGCCCCUCGAAACUGAUCCUCAGCUCCAACAACCCCCACCUCAAGAGCCAUCGACGGAGACAAGGGGGUUCCCCGGGUCCCGGCGACGCUGCUGCUAGCCCGAGAGAGAAGGAGAGGGAGAGGUCGCUUCUCGAAUCAAAGUAUCCCGGCAGGGAGGCUAAGCCGGGCAUGGAGCAUUCCAAGCUGCUGUCCGACGUGCUGUAUAACCGGUGGGCAGAGGGUCUCCGGGUCCGGUGGCCGGGGACGUGA